UUUUGUUGUUGUCUUGUCUGUUGAUUAUUGAAAACAUUAAUCGUGAUCGUGAUUUUAUAGAAACUUCUGUGAAACCUUUUCAUUAUCUAAAUAAUCGUUUGCAUAACACACUCUACUGAUUAUAGUUAUAGUAAAGCGUCAAAUAUGGAGUCCAAAAUAUGCCGUAUUUGUCUCAAGAAAACCGCAACAAUAUCAAUAUUUGACAAGCAAGAUGAUAUUCAGUUAAGUAGCAAGGUGAUGCGAUGCGUGAACGUGGUGGUGGUGGAGGGCGAUGGGCUGCCGGACAACAUCUGCAGCGAGUGCGCCGCGGAGCUGAGCACGUGCUACGAGUUCGUGAACAAGUGCGAGGCGUCCGACAAGGCGCUGCGCUGCGCAGACAUCGCCAGCCUCUACGAGGACCUGCUGCCCAAGACAGAACUCUCCAUUAAGAUAGAACAAAUCAAGGAAGAAUGUGCACCGGACGACCACGAUCACUUUGAUAAUUACUUAUUGGAUACUGUCUCAGAGUCUUGUAAUGAUUACAGUGAUAACAAAGUUAAAGUUAAACGAAAGUAUACAAAGACAAAAAAAUUUAGAGAACAUAUUGAUGGUAGGAAGUUAAAACCAAAACUAGGUCCAGUUAGAUGCAUGGUGUGUGGGCUGAUGGCUUCAUGUCGCUCUGCCUUGGAGAAUCACAUGAGGACACACACAGGUGAGAAACCAUUUUCAUGCGACUCCUGUGGCGCACGGUUCAACCUAAAAGGUACUCUCAAAAGACACACAAUAACUCAUCAUACACAAAGGGAAAGAAAAUUCAUUUGUGAGACUUGUGGCAGCAGCUUCUUCUCAAAGAAUGAUAUAAUAACACACAUAAGAGUUCACACUGAUGAGCGACCAUACUCUUGUACAUACUGUGGGAAGGCAUUUAGACAGAUUGCUUCAAUGAUCAGGCACAAACGCAUGCACACCGGGGAGAAACCAUUCUCUUGUCCUAUCUGCUUCAAGAAGUUUAUAGACAAGAGCCACAUGAAGAGGCACCAGUUUGUGCACUCAGAUGAGAAGAACUUCACUUGUCACCUGUGCAGUAAAUCUGUCAAGACUAGAAAUGCACUGACGGCUCAUAUGCGCAUACAUUCCAAUGAAAAGCAUAACAUUUGCAAUUACUGUGGCAUGACGUUCUCAUUUAAAGGCAACCUGCAAGUUCACAUAAGAAGAAUACACUCUGAAAAGUCUGGUCAGUGCAAUGUUUGUUUGAAGACAUUCUCAGACUUGGAGGCUCACAUGCGCAAGCACACGGGUGAGAAACCAUUUGUGUGUAAGUUCUGUGACCAAAGCUUUGCAACCAAGCGAAGUUUAUCAAACCAUGUAGGCUUUAAACAUGAGAAUGCUUCAAAAUUUAAGUGUUCUAUUGGUGAAUGCACUAAAACAUUCCCAACAGCAAUGAUGCUGGAGUUCCACCUGCUCAAACAGCACACCAAUCACACACCAUACGUCUGCCAUCACUGCUCCCGAGGGUUCUUCAGGAUGAGUGAUUUGUCUCGACACCUCAAAGUUAGUCACAUGGAUACAAUUGAAUCUAGAAGGUCAAGACCACAGCUUACAGUGUCCCCAAUUAUACAAAACAAUUGUACUAUAGAGAUUGUUAAUCAGUGAACAUGCUAAAUGCCUAUAAAGUUGGAGAGUUUAAAUACCUAAUUGAAUUUGUAUGUUCCUAAAAUAAUAUUCUUCAAUGUAUUUUCUUUCAUUGCUGGUUUUGUAAAAUACUAUGUAAAAUAUGUCAAGUCUUGAGGAUUUGAUAAAAUAUCUAGGACCUCAAAAAGUGGGUCUUAUUUUAUAAAUGCAAUAACUUUACUACACAGCUGCUCCAAAAUAAGGCACAACUCGGUACAAGUAGAAGUGAAGUGGUUUUACAAUACUCAGAAAGAAAUUUACAAUAACUCUUAUUAUACUAUAGUAGACUGGACUUAAGUUCCAGAGAAUAAAAAAAAACUGACCAAUUUCUCUUAAAAAACUAGUAGGGAACUUUCGAAACCUGUAUUUAAAUAUCUAUCAAGUUAAGAAACCUAUGUUUAUAUGUAUAAUUUUUGGCUAUAUUCCUUCUUUUUAAAUUGACUUCUUUACCUAUUUUCGUUUGGUUACCCUACUAGAAUCUAGAUGGAUUAUCCUAUGAUAGGGUCAGGAUUCAGCCUAAAAUUGUUUAUCCAAAGCUGAUCAACUGUUCUUGUUUUUUGCAUUCGAUUUAUAUAGAUUUAUAUUUACUAAUAGGUACUUGUAAUUAUAUAAGCCUACAUAAUGAUCUUGUUCCGUGAAUCGAUUAUUAUUGAUUUUAUAGCGUAUACUUAAAUCAUGUGAAUCGAUUUUAGGACUCGUAAGUACAGAGACUUGAAUUUGUGCAACUAGUCGUUAACUUGUGAGAUUAAAAUAAAACAUAUUUUCUAUUUAA